AUGGCUAGCUCAACCGCGUUGCUCUCCCUGGCAGCAACGGCGAUCCUCCUCAUCAGCUUGGUGGCGGCGCAAAGCCACAACCUGUCGCCAGCCGUCACCCCCUCCAGGUCGGCCUUGCCGUUGCCUUCUCAGGCAGUGGCAACGAUAACAGCGACCCCGCCGCCGGCUUCUGCCCUGUCUCCUCCCUCCGACCCCGUCGCCCCCAGCAUCGUCUCUAGCCCCGAAGGCUCCUGCGCCGUUGAUCGCGAAGCCGCCGGCUGCAGAUCUCCGCCAUUGAUCGCGACACUGUUCGGCGUGGUGCCCGCUCUUGCCGACGGCGGGGCCGCGAGCAACGGAGUUGGCUUCGCCAAGGCGGUGGCGAUCGGCGCCCUCGUCGCCGGUGCAGUCAUCUAG